AUGAAGACCGUAGCCAGAGCCCUCUCCGGCAGCGCGCGAGCUAUGGCCCGCAAGCCCAUGCGGUUCACAGAUCUUCGUACGGUGCAGCUAAGACCCCCCAUAGUACCCACACAUAGAAAUUUCGAGGUUUCUCCCGACCAUCCUUUGUGGGCAUUUUUCCCCGACGGAAACAACUCUCAAACCUGUUAUAGAGAAGCCUCAGACCUCGAUAUCCAGUCCAGGGCUUGGACCACUGCCGAGUUACGGCGCAAACUGUUUGAGGAUCUCCAUCAAUUGUGGUAUUUGGUGUUGAAAGAGAGAAAUGUGUUGGCUCGUGAAGUGAGAUUGGCCGAUGCCAUCAACGAAAGAAACACCCACGUCCACGACCAGGUGGACGAAAAGCUCUUGUUGACACAGAAGCGUAUAAAACAAGUGUUGUUGGAGCGCCAAACUGCUUUCGAAAGAGUUCAAACUUUUACACAGCAGCAACAAGAGUACUUGGAAGAAUUUCGCCAACGGUACUUGGAUGCUGAUGCCAGCCAAAUUGCCAGCUACAACGAGAAAUUGAUACGCCUCCAGUACGCCUUUUUCGGUAUACAACCACAAUUGGAAGAUUACAAUUGGGAAACCGAUAUUAACGAAAGAUUCGUAGACGGCUUGAAUUAUGUGUCCCACAUCAAAUUGGCUCGUUAUUUUGCACAAAACCCCGACGUGGAGGAAGAGAUCGGGUACCCCUUGAAGGGUGUCGUGGAAGAGCUUCCUUUCUUACUUAGAGAUCCACUGGAAGCUGUGGAAGAGGUGAGAGCAUUGAGACAAAGUGGAGCCCAAGUCAAAUUGGACAAAAUCGAUGUCCUUCCUUUCUUGCGUCUGGCCUUGCAAGCGGCGUUGGAGCAGGAGGGCAGAAUGUAA